GCCGUGCAGCGACAGCCCCGCGCCGCUAACCGCCAUGGAAACAAGCAGAAACGGGAGCAGCUAGCGAGCUGCUCUCUCCCCCGCCUUCCUCUCUCUGCUGGAUUGCGAGCCUCAGACAGCCAGGCAGCAACAGCGCCUGGCAAACGCAAGGGAUCUCAACUGGCAGCACCGAGAGUCUCUCAUGUUGCAGGAUAUCAAUAUAUACAUCUCUGUGUUAUAGACUGUUAGACACACGCAUGCACACCGACUCACACCCACACGUACGUGUGUGCUCGCCUAUACAGACUCUGGCUUCAAUACAACUAUGUCGCUACCUGAACUAAGGAUUGAAAAUUACUGAGAUGCAAGAACUCCUCCAGCUCUGAAACUACUCUUAUUAUAGGGUCAUCUUGUCGUUCCUGCAAACACUAAUCAGUCAUGGGAUUUGAAGUUAAUACUACUAAAUAAAUGAAUUGUUUCAUCUCCUAUGACCAUCUAUACAUACUUCAUCUUCACAAAGCUCAUCAAUUUUUCGUCAUCAAGGACAAAGUGACCUUCAUUUCUACAAAAUGCUUCUUAGUACCGGACAAGUUGGCUACAAAUUUAUCACAUCCUCAGGAAGGAAGUCCUUCAUGAUCAUCAUUUGAUAAAUGCAAGAUUGUGCUGUAUUAAUUGACCAGUCAUACUGAAUUCUAGGACUAUAAUUGUGGAAUACUAAAGGGUCUGUUACUUUCCUGAACAUUUGGGCUAAGAUGAAGGACCUGCAACUCAAAAUUAAUUUACUGCUUGGUCUAGUUACCACUGCUCUACUACAAGCCGUAGGAAAAAAAGCAGACUGCCCGGAGUCAUGUAUAUGUGAAAUCAGACCAUGGUUCACCCCCAGGUCUGUCUACAUGGAAGCUCCAACAGUGGACUGUAAUGAUUUAGGCCUUUUUCAUUUUCCAGCCACACUGCCUGCUGACACACAAGUUCUACUUCUACAAACUAAUAAUAUUGCAAAAAUUGAACACUCAGUAGACUUCCCAGUGAAUUUAACUGGUCUAGAUUUAUCUCAGAACAAUUUAUCCUCAGUGACCAGUAUUAAUCUUAGAAAGAUACCACAGUUACUGUCAAUGUACCUUGAAGAAAACAAACUUACUGAGCUGCCUGAAGAAUGUCUCUCUGGACUCAACAAUUUACAAGAGCUUUAUAUUAAUCAUAAUCUGCUUUCUGUGAUUGCACCAGGAGCUUUCAUAGGCCUCAAUAAUCUUCUCAGACUUCAUCUCAAUUCAAAUGGUCUGCAAGUGAUCAACAGAAAGUGGUUUGAAGCUACUCCUAAUCUUGAAAUUCUCAUGAUUGGAGAAAAUCCAAUAAUCAGAAUUGAAGACAUGAACUUCAAGCCUCUUAGCAAUCUGCGCAGCCUAGUUUUAGCAGGUAUAAAUCUCACUGAAAUACCAGAUAAUGCUUUGGCUGGCCUUGACAACUUAGAAAGCAUUUCCUUUUAUGACAACAGAUUUGUUAGAGUGCCCCACAUCGCUCUUCAAAAGGCUACAAAUCUCAAAUUUCUGGAUCUAAAUAAGAAUCCCAUUAACAGAAUUCGACGAGGAGAUUUUAGCAAUAUGCUGCAUCUAAAAGAGUUAGGAAUUAAUAACAUGCCUGAACUGAUUUCUAUAGAUAGUCUUGCUGUUGACAAUUUGCCAGAUUUAAGAAAAAUAGAAGCAACCAAUAACCCCAGAUUAUCAUACAUUCACCCCAAUGCAUUCUACAGACUUCCCAAGCUGGAGUCGCUGAUGCUCAACAGCAACGCGCUGAGCGCGCUGUACCGCAGUACGGUGGAAUCCCUGCCGAACCUCAAGGAAGUCAGCAUCCACAGCAAUCCCAUCAGGUGUGACUGCGUCAUCCGCUGGAUUAACAUGAACAAAACAAACAUUCGGUUCAUGGAGCCGGAGUCCCUGUUUUGUGUAGACCCUCCUGAAUUCCAAGGUCAGAAUGUGAGACAGGUACACUUUCGGGAAAUGAUGGAAAUCUGUCUUCCUCUGAUAGCUCCUGAAAGUUUUCCAUCUACAUUGGAUUUAAAAGCUGGCAGCCAUAUUUCUUUGCAUUGCAGAGCAACAGCAGAACCAGAGCCUGAAAUCUACUGGAUAACACCAUCAGGACACAAACUUUUGCCUAAUACUAUCUCUGAUAAAUACUACAUUCAUUCUGAAGGAACACUAGACAUAAGUGAUGUAACACAAAGAGAAAGUGGCUUGUACACAUGUAUAGCAUCAAAUUUAGUUGGGGCAGACCUAAAGUCAGUCAUGAUUAAAGUGGACGGCUCUUUCCCUCAGGAACACAAUGGAUCUGUAAAUAUUAAAGUAAAAGACAUAAAAUCUAAUUCUGUUUUGGUUUCGUGGACAGCAAAUUCUAAAAUUCUGAAGUCCAGUGUCAGAUGGACAGCCUUUCCGAAAGCUGAAGACUCCCGGGCUGCACAGAGUGCUCGAAUACCGUCUGAUAUAAAGGUAUAUAAUCUUACACAUCUAAAUCCAUCAACUGAAUACAAAAUUUGUAUAGACAUUCCCACUAUCUAUUCUCAGAAUAAGAAACAAUGUGUCAAUGUAACCACAAAAGGACUGGACUUGGAAGUGAAAGGCUAUGAAAAGAACAACAUUAUAGGAUUCCUUGCCAGCCUUGGUGCUCUUUUGGGAAUCAUAUCUGUGAUAUAUCUCUACAGCUGCAUCUCUCAAGAUAUGAACUAUGGCAUUGGACACAGCUAUCUAAGGAAUUACCUGAAGAAACAAUCCUUUUCACUCAAUGAGCUUUAUCCUCCUCUAAUCGCUCUUUGGGACAUGGGCAAAGAAAAAAGCACAGCAAUGGAAGUAAAAGCAACUGUAAUAGGUGUACCAACAAAUAUGUCAUAAAUAUGUCAGUAUAUCACUUACUUUCUGAAAUAAAAAGCACAUGACUGUAUUUGUGCUGAAUAAAAAGGCAACAAGAAAAACAUAUUUCUCUUAGGAACUAGAUGGCUGGACUUUGUUGCUGCCAACAAAUGGAAUAUAUAUGAUUCAGUAUGAGAGAAGAAUUUUAAUUAACUGGCUUCUAAGGGUAUUCUACCAACCAAAUAAAAUUAACUUCAUAUUCUAGAACUUUCAUGGGACUUUUAAGUCUGGAAUACAGUGGAAGUAGCCAAGAACAUUUUCUGUAUUUUUUUUAAAUUAUUAUAUAAAAGUAGUGGAACUGAGCAAUACCUCCUCCUGUGCUGUAUUACACAAAAUAGCCACGAGUUUUUGCAGUGAACAGAUAUACUAGGAUUGACAUAUGGUGUAAUGAAAUGGACAAAUUCUGUAGAGUAGACACAGUGAGUAUGUGAAUUUUUUUUAAUGAGAAAAUACAUUUUUGAUUAAAAUCAAAA